CCCCACGCUUUGCGCCCUGUGAUUGGAGGGAGGCGCCACCAGCCCCGCCCUUUCUCCCGCGCUCGGUUCCGUGCUGCGCGGAGCAGGGAUCGAGGCUGCCGGAGAAGCGCAGGGGAGACCCUCGGGCGCGCGCAUGGUGCUGCUUGGCAUGCGAAGAUGGCAACGGGCGAGCCCGGCUCACCGACACGGGAAGGGAUGGCACUGCCCCAGGAGCAGGCAGGGCUGUGCCCCACAGAUACAGAGGGGGAUGAGCACAGCACUGGCCCGGAGGAGCAGGAGGAGCUGCCUGCCCAACAGAGCAAUGGGCCCUUGAGAGCGGCUGAUAGCCAGGGGGACGCCCAGGAGGAGCCGAGUGACAAGGAGCUGUCAGACUCGGCCUCCACUGACAACGCCUUGGAGGACUCGAGUGAGUUUGGGCGGCCCCUGGGGGUUGUGGCCUGCGAGCCGGGGGGCCCCCUGGCCCCACCUACGCACCGCGAUGAGGACGUGACAGCAGCCAGCUGGCGGGCCCGCCGGAAGCACAUCUUCGUGCUGAGUGAGGCCGGCAAGCCCAUCUACUCUCGCUACGGCAACGAGGAGGCCUUGUCCUCCACCAUGGGCGUCAUGAUGGCGCUGGUGUCCUUCAUCCAGAGUGGUGACAAUGCCAUCCGCUCCAUCUACUCCGACGACCGGAAGCUGGUGUUCGUGCAGCAGGGCCCACUGGUGCUGGUGUCGGUGUCGCGGACGCUGCAGUCGGAGCAGCAGCUGCGCCAGGAGCUGCUCUACGUCUACUACCAGAUCCUCAGCAUGCUGACCCAGGUAAGCAUCACCCGCAUCUUCGAGCGCAAGAAGAACUACGACCUGCGGCGCUUGCUGGCUGGCUCCGAGAAGAUCCUCGACCGCCUGCUCAACCUGGUGGAGUCGGACCCUGGCUUCCUGCUGGGGGCCGUGCGCUGCCUGCUGCUGCCCGCCUCCCUGCGGGAUGCCCUGGGCAGCCUGCUGCAGAAGGCCAUCACCCCCAAUCUGGUCUUCUCCAUCCUGGUGGCCCGCAGCCAGCUGGUCACGGCGGUGCAGGAGCGGGCGGUGAUUGAGGAGUGCCGGCUGGAGCCCACCGACCUCCACCUGCUGCUCAACCUGAUCGGGGCCAGCUCGGCCUUCCAGGCCGGGGAGAUCUGGACACCCAUCUGCUUGCCCCGCUUCAAUCCCGACGGUUACUUCUAUGCCUACAUCUCCUACCUGGACACGGAGUGCACCGUCUGCCUGGUGCUGCUCUCCACCGACAAGGAGUCCUUCUAUGCCGUCUCGGACUGCAAGAAGCGGGUGGAGGAGGCCAUGCGGACUCAGGGCUCACUGCAGGUGCUCUCGGGUGGCCUGCAGAGCCCCUCCUAUGGUGUGGGGCAGGUCGGGGUGCCCGACCUGCGGCACUUCCUCUACAAGCCGCUGGAUAUCCCGGAGAACUACCGCCAGCUGCCCCAGUUCACCAGCCCAGAGCUGGAGGGGCCAUAUUGCAGCGAGGAGGAGCAACAUCGGCUCUUUGACCUCUACCAUUACCUGCACAGCCGCAUCCACAGCACCUCUCGCCCCCUGCGCCUCAUCUACCAUGUGGCCGAGAAGGAGACGCUACUCGCCUGGGUCACCAGUAAAGUUGGAGCUUACAAACCUAAGCUUCAUGCCCCCUGGGUACCAGGCCGGCGCCAUCAAUUAGUCUCACCAAGCGACUGCGCUUGAGUCAAUAAGGGGAGGCCGGCUCUUGGCUUCGCUACCCCCCAAGGAGUACUCUACCACUCCUAAUCAGGGAGGGAUCCAAGGUGCUGCAGCCCGAUGUGCGCUGAGAAUUGAUUUUGUUGUGGCCUCUAAGCCUGGUACUGCUUCACCUUGAGGCCCCUGUAAUAUUGCACUGGUGAGUUGUCUAGACUUGUGGGGGGAAUCCCUUCUCUUGAAUAGGGGAGGUCGGGGAAACGCUCCCCACCCCCACACAGCGAGAAACCACAACUCUCUAGGAUUUUGCUCAGGCAUGGCAGCUCCUUCCGGGGUGGUAAGUCAACCAGUAAGGUUUAUCGUGCCUGUUUAUUUGUGGCCUACGUGUGUCUUAACUCUCUUUGGAGAACACCUGAGUGGGGGUUAUUGCAUUCACUUUGAGCCUUUGUGCUCCAGGCUGAUGUGGGCACGCAGGGGCAUGGCGAGCUUACACUCUGGCUCACAUAAGCUUGUACCGAAGGACUCCACCUGCACAGUGGAGCUGGGGGUUGGGUGUGGCUGGUUCCAUCUCCUUGAGGAAGCUGGUUUUGUUCUUUCCCCUGGAGCUCUGCUCUCGCCUCCCAGUGUGAUCGGCCCGCAGGCCCCUAUGAAAUGGGCUGUGAUUGUGUUUCUCUUCCUUUGGAUUGAAUUGUGGCUAAUGCACCCCUUGGCAUCGGAGCCAACCUGCGUUGAACCAUUUUUCAACAUCCCCUCUUCUUUAAAAACCUGGGCCUGAAAUGAACUUAGAUUUCUCACAGGCACCCGGAGAAUGGCUGCUCAUGUUUGCCAAUAGAUUUAACUGGGUGCUGUGUCUGGAAACAUAGCUGUAUGUGGGGCAGAAAGGAGAUUACUCCCUCAUCCCCCUGCCCCAUGCACAUGCUCCUCUCCAUGCUAUAAAUUGCAAUUGGGUGUUGGAGUUGCCUGCUGUAUUGUAUUCUCCCUCCCUGGGCUGGUUGUGUUCCUUAACGCCUGCACCAAUGCACUCUUCCCUGCUGCCCGUAUUAAUUUAAUGUUGCCUUUGGAAAGGCGGAUCCUUUCACAGGAAGUGUUGAAAUGCUCUUUGAAGCAAUGAACUGCCUCCCUCCUUUGCCGGUGACAUCUGUGCCCUGCACUACGGUAACUGGGCUGCCCCGUCACUCUUCAGUCUCCUUGUCCAUCCUGGUUGCUAGAAGGAAGGGCUGUUUGCUCCUCCGUGGCCUUAGAUCUAUCGAUCUGCAGUGGGAUUGACCCAGAAUCCGCUGGGUCUGUUUCUCACAGGAAGAUCAUCCCAUGCCUCUGGAGAGCCAGCCCCUGCCUGUGUCUCCUUUUAACUUGCAUUUAGCUGCUCCAGUGAGACCUGGCGGGGUUGGGGAAGCAGAAACAGUUUUUACAGUUUUCACUGUGCCUAGAACCAUCUUGGGUGGCUAUCAAAUGAAGUCUCUUUCCUGGCUAGCAUGUUCAACUGAGAAUCAAAGUCUUAUUAAAAAGUUGUUUUGAUGAGGGUA